GUCGCGAGCACCAUCCACCACCGAAAGCAGCUCGGCAAACCAUCAUCAUCUCCUCCACGCGGCAUCACCACACCACACCGCACCACACCUUCAUCCCCAUCACCAGCAUCACCAGAGAGCGUCCAUCUCCUGUGUUUCGCAACCGCGGACGGCACCACCAACCCACCCACGCAUCGAUCGUCGCCCUUGUGCGCGCGCACGCACACGCCUCGCCGCCAUGGCGAUCCGCGAGGAUAUCGUGGCGUCGGCUAUCACCUUCCUCCAGGAUCCCAACGUGGUCGGCUCCUCGGUCGAGAACAAGAUCUCCUUCUUGCGCUCAAAGAACCUGACGCAGGACGAGAUUGAUGCCUCUUUCGCGCGCUCCGGCCAGUCCGUUGGUGCUCCGCCUAUGCCUUCCCCCCAGGCCGUAGGCCCAGCACAGCCAGCAUACUACCCGCCACCGCAGUAUCCGCCGCAACAGCCUUAUGGCGCGUGGCCGCAGGCCCCUCCGCCAGAGCCCCCGAGAAGGGACUGGCGCGACCUGUUCAUCAUGGCGACCGUCGUUGGUGGAGUCUCAUACGGCCUCUAUGCCAUCACCAAGCGAUAUAUAUACCCACUCGUGGCUCCGCCUACGCCAGAGAAGCUCGAGCAGGACAAGGCGACGGUGGACGAGCAGUUUGAGAAGGCCUUUGCGACGAUCGAGCAGCUGUCGAAGGACACGGAAGCGCUCAAGGCGUCGGAGCAGGAGCGUACAGAGAAGCUCGACAAGGUCCUCGAGGAUCUCGAGAGUUUCAUCAAGGACACGCGCUCGGCGAGCCGGCGGCAAGAGGACGAGACGGACCGCUUGCGCGAGGAGAUGAAGUCGCUGCAGGGCUUGAUCCCCAAGUCCAUGACCGCCCAGAAGGAGCACAGCGACCGACGCCUCCGCGAGAUCAGCGACGAAGUAAAGAGUCUCAAGUCACUAAUCAGCCAGCGCAUGAGCGCGCCAGCUCCCGCUGCUGCUGCUCCAGCGACCCUUCCCUACGGUGCCUCGACCGCCACUGCCACUGCCAACGGCACCAGCAGUACCCUCCGACCUUCGACGGCCAACAACAACACCAAUAACAACGCAUCGACCCCUGCGACGCCCACUCCGGCCAAGGAGAACGGCGAGACAUCCACUGCCACCACUCCCGCCGCCACCACUGCUGCCCCGGCCAGCAAGGCUGACUACAUCUCGUCGCUCGGUGGCCGCUCGAGCCCCUUCGGCAGCGGCAUGCCCGGCGGCAAGGCCUCCAUCCCCGCGUGGCAGCUCGCCGCGUCCAAGGGCCCGUCCUCGUCCGACCAGACUGCCGCUGGCAGCAGCUCCUAAGCAAAAACCGCGUCGCAAAAGACAUCUUUCAACCUUUGUUGAAGGGGGCUCUUGCGUCAAACAUUAAUAAGUGCAACACACACACACACACACACCCCGCGCAACCACAACCUCGUGGCUGUCAAAGUAUCGGCAACGAUCAUCUUCCUCCUGUCUACAAUAGCAAUCAUUAUCGUGAAGCAUGGGAUGCUUUUUGUGUGGG